AUGAGUAUAUUGUUUCUGAUUCCGGAAAACUUCACUUCUGAACAAAUCGACUAUAUUCACAAGGCGCUCAACACAAUUGCUAACGUAUCUUGUUUAACGUUCGUGGAAGCUGCGCCAGAUGCAACUUCGUAUGUUAGAGUUGUUGGCGACAGCAUAGGUUGUUUUUCUGAAGUUGGUUUCACUGGAUCCAUCCAAGAUUUGAACCUGGCACCAAAUGUACUAGAGCAGGGCUGUUUCCGACUCGGUACGAUCAUUCAUGAGUUCCUCCAUGCCUUAGGAUUCUACCACAUGCAAAGCGCCAGUGACCGUGAUGACUACGUAACUAUCGUGUGGGAAAACAUUCAACCGGGACGGGAGCAUAACUUCGAAAAGUACGCCAGUACUGAAAUCAGUAGUUUUGACACAGGUUACGAUUAUGGAAGUGUUUUACACUACCCAGCUACCGCUUUCAGCGUGAAUGAGGAACGCACGAUUAUCCCGAAAGAUCCUAACGCUACCAUCGGACAGCGUAAAGGUAUGAGUGAGAAGGAUAUUGCUAAGCUUAACCACAUGUACAAAUGUGAUGGUUCAAUAAAUAAAAAUCAUUGA